AUGGCUAUUGCCAAGACACGGCAGUGGCUGAACCACCCCCUGGGUAUCACCAAGCUUGCCAGGAAGAACCAUCUGGCCAGAAACCCAGAGCACAUGAGGAGAAGGUAUGGUGCUGCCCUUUAGGAACUCACCCCCUGAUGUUUGCCAUGCUCAUGUCAGUUCAGGCCUGAAUAUCAGGAGAAGCAGAUGCCAAAGACUAAACACAGUUACCGAAUUUGCAGACUGGCCAAAUUAUCUCACUAGAGGGAGAUAAUAAUUAAAGAUCUAAUCUUUGGUGACAUAUAUAGAGUCCAGAAAUACAUCUGCAACUGUUCAUUUGUUAGUAGGGGCUUUAAGCUUUUGACCACCUAGAUGUAUCAGGAAAGGUUAAUGGUUUGCCACAGAAGUUUGACCCUCAAUAAUCUGCAAGACUGUUAUACCCAUGUGACCUACAGCAGCAUCUAUAAAUCUGGAUUUGUGCAGAUCAAAGAGGGGGAUGAUCGUGGCUACAAGUGGACUCUCAGGCAGUUCUUCUUUCUCUACCUUCUCAACCAGGAUGUGGAUGCCCUGCUGUUGUGGCAUCAAAUCCUCCCUGUGAUUAUCCUCACCAUCUUCACCAUGGCCCCAUCAGUGUCCUUCACUGCCACUUGCUUUGAGCUCUUUUGGUUGUAUAUUUUGACUGGUGACAACUUGAAACCAUGCUUUUAGAAGUGAACCCUGUCCUUGCAUUGUCCAACAGAUGCAUUAGUGAGGAGAAGACUUGUCCUUGACAUGACUAAACCAGUUUGUUUAAAUGGUCUGAGAAAUGAGGAGAAGGAAUGCAGUAAAGCUACAACAUCUCCUGGACAUUCCAACAUCUUUUUUGCCAGCAAUGAUAAUCAGCUCAGCACUGUGCAUAACUCUUUCCCCCAUGCAUAUUCGGUGCAGUUCACAGUCAGGGUGCAUGGUGAGAAGGACCGUGCUAUGGAGAAAGUGGUAACUUUGAUCAUUUUUCCUCUCAAUGCAGUUACUUUUUGAGUUUCCACAAAUAGACUAAAUGUCAAAAAAAUCCGAGAUCUCUAGAAACUAGUGAAUAAGAAACAUUCAUUCUCAAGUGCCAGAAAGUAA